GAAUGUGUCGAGAAAUAUAGUAUAUCAUUAUAGCAUAUCUGUUUGCCCCUUUGUGAAGGUGGGUGUCCAAAUGGAACAUGUGUGCUGCCUGAAAUAUGUGAAUAUGAUCAGGGUUAUGAAAUGAGUGCGAAAAAGGUAUGUGAACCUGUUUGUUCUGGAGGCUGUGAGAAUGGCCAAUGUAUUUCCCCUCAAAUUUGUGAGUGUAAUGAGGGUUAUCAAAUAAAUGGCACAAAUAAAUGUGAACCGGUUUGUUCGGAAGGCUGUGAAAAUGGACGAUGUGUUUCGCCUGAAACUUGUGAGUGCGAUAAGGGUUACCAACUAAAUUCCGCGAAUAAAUGUGAACCAAUUUGUUCGCAAGGCUGUGAGAAUGGUCGAUGUGUUUCCCCUCAAAUUUGUGAGUGCCAUAAGGGUUACCAAAUGAAUGCGGCAAAUAUAUGUGAACCUCUUUGUGCGGAAGGCUGUGAGAAUGGUCGAUGUAUUUCUCCUGGAAUAUGUGAAUGUAUUGAAGGUUAUAUUAAUGUAUCAAAAAGUUCCUGUUCACUUAGCUCUAAAUCAGUUUAUGCAAAUCGUCAGUGGCUGGUAUCAAAUAAUGAUCAGUCUAAAAUGUUCGAGUAUCAAGCCGUAAGAAUUUGGCAACCAAUUGUAUUUGCUUACAUAGCACUUCUCUUAAUUCUAAUCAUAUUGAUAGUUAUACUAAUAAUGAUAUUGUAUUGGAGAUCAAGAAAAAUAUCUUAUGAUGUGUGUAAAACAGGUGAGUGA